AUGGAAACGGUAGUCAGGCGAAACAAGGGCAAAGAACUGAUUGACAAAUUUGACGCCAAAACAGCCCGAGUUCAAAAUCGUGUCCUCGCAAGUGAUGGGUUGGCCAAACCGGUUGUCGCCAACAAAGACCGGGAGAGCGGACCGAUAGGUUCGACAAUCGGUGCGGACAAACCCAUUGUCCCGAAGAAAAGUAUCAGUGAUUUGAAAGCAAUGUUUGAGAAUAUGGGCCGAAAUGAGGGAACGUAUGGGAAAGUGAGGGACAAAGAGAUGGUAAACACAUCGCAGGUUAAGCACAAAAGAGGGGAAGGGGAGGGGGAUAUAGUCAACGAACAUAAGCUUAACCCGGGAGUAAAGAUCAUAGAACGAGUUAAUGAUGGCGACACUGAAUUGAUCAAGGUUAGUGAACCAGUAUGGAAUCGGCGGUACAACAAAACGGGUAUUCCGUCACAUCAGAUGACUGUAUCGACCAAUAAAUACAAGUCCCAAUUUGACAUCGAUAACAUGGCUAUCAAUAGUAUUCAGUUAUUUCACGUUUUCGAUGACAAAAAUGGGUUUAAUAUAUUGUUUGUGACAAACGAUGAUAUGGUUUACGGCAUGGGAUCUAAUAAUGAGGGAUUACUUGGAAUAUGGUUUGAAGACAAGAAGUAUUACAUUGAGAUGGAGUUGUGUUCACACAAUUUACGGACAGUACUGUCACUCAAAGGCCCGGCAUUUGGCCGCCGAUCGGCCGAAGAGGCCAUGAAUUCAACGGAGUUUUUCAUUUCGUGUCAAAUAUUCGCAGAUCUGUUAAAAUGUGUCCAACAUUUGCAUGAUUUAAGUCCAGCAGUGAUUCACCGAAACCUCAAACCCGAGAAUGUGUUAAUCGGAGGCAAAGCCGGGAAUUUGUGUUUGAAAUUAUGUGACUUUGGUUUGAGUCAUGUCUUUAAGAGUUUGUCAGACAAUAGAAAACCCGAAUAUUUAUCGCCCGAAGAAACUAAUGGCGAAACCGUUGACUACAAGACAGAUGUUUACAGUGCGGAUAAAAUCGCACAAAAUAUAUUUGAUAUGCAAUUAACCCCUAAAUUUUUACAAUUGUAUUCGUCGGACAAAAUGCUAUUCAAAUCUGUGACUAAAUUACAAAAAGUGUUGAUUUCUAUGCAAUCAUUGAAACCGAAUGAUAGACCCGAUUGUCGACAAUCACCGGACGUCCGCCGUGUCUGUGGCCACCGAAGGGGUGGUCGCCGUACGAGUAGUGGCUGUGUGGCGACGACUGGUGCCGGUAUGGUUCGUAUGAGUCAUACGGGUCCGGUAGAUAUGGUGCCGGAGCGCCACUGA